GCAGCUGUCACCAUUACUUCAUUCUCAUUGGCCCAGUACCGAGAGAGGCAAACAACGGGGGAGAGAGAAAGCGCCGGACCCCUGCGCUCUGCGCCAUCGAUCUGCAGAGGGGCAGCGAGGAUCCUCUAUCCGACUCAGGGCACGGAUUUCGGAGUUUUCUUUCCUCGCUUAUCUUCUGGAAUGCCAAAGGUGGAUCCGCUUUUUGGAACAGGAUGCUGCUGGGCAAUUUGAUAGUGUUAGUGUUCUGUCUUUGGGGAACGGAUGUCAGUAGAGCUCACAUAUUUGAAGCCACACGAUCUGGAGAAGGAGAUAACUGGUCACCUGUCACUAAACUUGUAUCGGAGUGGGUCAGCACCGCGGGUUCCUGUAAGGGGAGGUGCUUUGAGCUGGAGGUGGCGGACCCUCCGGGAUGCAGAUGUGACAAUCUGUGUAAAACUUACCUCAGCUGCUGCUCCGACUUCGAUGCUCACUGCCUGAAAACUGCGAGGGGGUUUGAGUGUACGCCUGAUCGUUGUGGGGAGGAGAGGAAUGAAGACCACGCCUGCCACUGCUCAGAGGAUUGCCUGGAGCAAGGAGACUGUUGUUCGAACUACAAAUCCACCUGCAAAGAUGAGAAUUCGUGGUUGGAGGACAGCUGUGAGGAGAUCAAGAGUCCUGAAUGUCCUGCAGGUUUCAUUCGUCCUCCGCUCAUCAUGCUGUCUGUUGAUGGAUUCAGAGCCUCCUACAUGAAGAAGGGCCCAUUUGUCAUCCCCAACUUACAUAAACUCAGGUCAUGUGGCGUAUCGCCCCCAUACAUGCGGCCAGUCUACCCAACAAAGACGUUUCCAAAUUUAUACACGUUAGCCACAGGUCUGUACCCGGAGUCCCAUGGAAUUGUGGGAAACACCAUGUAUGACCCAGUGUUCAAUGCCACCUUCAGCCUGCGCACAAGGGAGAAACUGAACCACCGCUGGUGGGGUGGACAGCCAAUCUGGAUUACAGCCGAGAAACAGGGUGUAAAAGCAGGAACUUUCUUCUGGCCAUGGGUGAUUCCUCUUGAAAGAAGGAUUUUGACCAUUCUCCGAUGGCUGAAGCUUCCAGAUCAAGAGAGGCCGUAUGUUUAUGCAGUCCACUCAGAGCAGCCGGAUACCUUUGGUCAUCGUCUUGGACCACUCAGCAGCGAGCUGGACAACCCCCUGAGGGAAAUCGACAACAUCAUUGGUCAGCUUAUGAAUGGUCUCAAACAGAUGAAUCUGCACCGAUGUGUCAACGUCAUCAUUGUGGGAGAUCACGGUAUGGAAGAAACCCACUGUGACAGGACAGAGUUCCUCAGCAGCUAUCCUCUAAACUUAGAUGACAUCAUGCUCAUCCCUGGCUCCAUUGGUAGAAUACGCCCCCGUGACCCCAAGUCAACCACAUAUGACCCAAAGGUCGUGGUUGGAAACCUUACUUGUAAAAUGCCUUCUCAGCACUUUAAACCAUACCUGAAGCAGCAUUUACCCAAGAGGCUUCACUACGCCAACCACCGCAGGAUCGAAGAUGUCCAGCUGAUGAUGCAGAGGAAGUGGCACAUUGCUAAGAAGACGCCAGAAAAACCCAGAACUCGGUGUGGUUUCUUUGGUGACCAUGGCUUCGACAACAGGAUAACCAGCAUGAGGACGAUCUUUGUCGGCCAUGGACCAAGCUUCAAAUUUCAGAAAAGUGUGCCAGAGUUUGACAAUAUAGAGCUAUACAACGUCAUGUGUGACCUGUUGGGGUUAAAGCCAGCUCCUAACAACGGGACACAUGGCAGCCUGAACGACAUGCUGAAGAAUCCACCGUUCCAGCCCACCUUGCCAGAGGAAGUCACACCUCCGUCACCUGCAUCCGACCCCGACAACGCAAUGACUCAAGAUCUGGGAUGCAGCUGUGAGGAUGAGAACAGGGUGGAGGAGGUCAUUGAAACCUUCACCCCUGCACCCGAUGGGAUUUACAGCUACAACAGAACCCAUCUUCCGUUUGGUCGGCCGGCGGUGAUGUUCAACACUCAGUACAGUCUACUUCAUCAUGUGGAAUUCAUCAGUGGAUACAGCAAAGAGCUGGCAAUGCCACUCUGGACAGCAUUCACGCUGCCCCAAAAGGAGUAUCUGGCUCCCAUUCCGGAGGUUUCUCCCUCUGCCAACUGUAUCCGAGUCAACCCGAGAGUUUCGUCAGUACACAGUUUGAGCUGCACAGCCUACAACAAGAACAGCCACCUGACUUAUGGCUUCCUCUUCCCCCCAGAUCUGGCAACGUCUCCAGAGUCCAGAUAUGAUUCUUCGCUCAUCACCAACACUGUUCCCAUGUACCCUGCUUUUAAAAGGAUAUGGACUUACCUGCAGGGGACGCUGCUUAGACGUUACAGUGAUGAAAACAAUGGUAUCAAUGUUCUGUCCGGGCCAAUCUUCGACUAUAACUAUGACGGCCUCCGAGACACCACGGAGCAGAUUAAAGAGUUUUCAGUGGACACGCCGCCCAUUCCUACCCACUUCUACGUUAUUGUGACAAGCUGCCAGGAGAUUAACCAGACGGUGGAUGAGUGUGACGGGGCGCUCAAGGUGUUUUCCUUCAUCCUUCCUCACCGGCCAGACAACAGUGAAACCUGCAAUAGCGCCGAGGAAGAGUCCCUGUGGGUUGAAGACAUGCUGAAGCACCACACGGCCCGGGUUCGGGAUGUGGAGAUCUUGACGGGCCUGGACCUGUACCGAUCGACCAACCUCACCUACACCAGCACUCUGAGCCUCAAAACCUACAUAAACACCUUCGAGAGUGACGACUAGACGAACAGAACCAGUCACACAUGCACGGGAUGCCAUGAAACCGUUGUAUUAUGUUUGCAUGCUCACUGAACAGUUGAUAAAUCUAUUUUUACUCCAGUGGAACUGCCUAAGAAGAGUUUUGACAGGGGAAUAAUAUUCUGAUAAUUAAAACCAAUUGAAGGAACUUUAGUGGAAUUCUUGAAUACUGGUUAAAAAAAAAAUUCAGAAAAGCAGCUCCAUGAGAGGUGCAGAUUUGAUAAAUAUAUCAACAUUCUCCAGCACACAUAAAGCACUAAAACACUAAACAGUGUGGCUUUGUAAGUAUAAAUAAUCUUCACCUAAUUAUCAUACUGAACAUCAAAUGUAAACGACCAAAUCGGAAAAAUGUUCAAUAGCUUUUACUUUAAUACAUAUCUAGAGCUUAGCAGGUUUAAUGCAACGUAAACCUGAAACACCAAACUGGAAAGUGAAAUAAAAUAUUUUUUACCUUAAAUCUGGAGGCAGACUAUGAGUGUUUGUAGUUCACAGGCUAAAGUAAAUUUGCAAAAUUAACAAUGUGUUAAAACAAUCCCUAUUAAAAAAUGAGAAGUGUUUUUUUUUUAGGAAUGCAUAGAUUAAGGUGGUGUAUUUUACCGCUGUUAAUAUGAUUAACUGUUCUCUAACAUCCUUAAAUAUGAAGCUCAAUGGUAAUUGAGCUCUUCUGGUAAUACAUAUUACUGGAAACAAGAAAACACACAUAGCCCUGUGAUCUGUGCGCAAUUAAAAAGGCCCGGCUAUCAACAGAAAGGACAUGGCCAUGUCAAAUACUUCUUCAUUUCCAAGUGUUUGUGUUAACUAAAGCUAGGUACCAUUUGCACAAAAUGCUAUGGAAUUUAAAUCUGCAGAUGAAUACAAAAACUUAGGUUCAUGUCCUUUAAAAGGCUUAAAGAUUGCCCAAAGUUCAUGCAUAUAAUUCAAAACAAUAUAUUGUGGCUGCAUUAUUAAAGUAACCUGAUAAAAUAGCUUGGUAGCCAACCGUUUGCAGUUUUCUGAGUUAACCAAAGUGAACCACACUUUUCUCUUUGUGGGACUAUAGUUACAUUUGUUUCUGCGUCAUUACAUAGAUGCAAAGUAAAGCAAAAACAUUUAUAUAUUUACCCAAAUAAUUACUUAUGGUGUACAUGCAGCAAAUACAACAGAUAGCUUUGGCUUGGAAAAAAAAUCUGAUCACAGGAAUGGUAUUGCGUCUGUGAACUUUCUCCUUUUUUUUUUUUGUAAAAUAAAUAUUUACUAUGACAUAACUGAAUAUGUUAAUAAAGACAAUUCGGGCCCUGACUCUGUAACCAAAUAGUCAGGGUUACAGGGUCACAGUGCAUAGUUAAAAAAACUACCCCACAUAGUAACCUAAUAACCAGUUCCCUGUUCUGUUCAAUUUGGACUGAGUUGAUCUUUUUUUUUUUUUGUGGUAUCAUAACAUUAAUAGCACCCAGUGAAAUAGCAAUAAUUCAGUGGCUCUAUUCCACCACAUUCACCUUCAAAACAGAUAGAAAUCCAGCCCUAAAUGUUUGUAUUUCUAUCUGUUUGUACAAUGCUUAAAAAAGAAAAAGAAAAUUUUAUUAAAAAUCAUAUCAUUCGUGUCAAUUAAAAGUGUAUUCUUUUUCUUUCUGUAAGUUGUCUCCAUCAGCUCAAACUUAGACGCUAGGGUGAGAUGUAAUUAGCGAUGACAUUUUCAAUUAACUUCAGUCGGGACAUUGGUCGACUUCUAUUUGUAGAGAGGUGCAGAGUUCAUUAUACUCUCUGUCUGAUAAAAA